UCUGCAGCAUUUCAGAGGAGACACUCGGCUGAUCGCUGAUUAACUACUACUGCCUUAAUUUUUUUUUAUUAUACACGAGUCAUUAACUAAGGUAAACCCAGAACCUUUUACGGCCGGAUUUUUCCGCUUUGGAUAUUUUUUGAGGAACUGCCGUACGGAAGACUUUUUUUUUCCACCUCGUUUUUGUGCUGAGCUAGAUCUUUUACCAGGGUUUUUUUUUCCCGUCCACUAAGUGGUUAGCAUAAAAUAACAUCUGGACGUUCAACGAGGUUAAAAGACGUUUUAAUGAAGGAGUUUCUGUUUUAAAAAAUGUGAUUAUCUUUAGCCUGCGCGAGGACCCUCAAACAACUGGCGCGCGCCGAGAAGGUUGUGGAUUAACAUUUUUGGUGAUUUUUAUUUUUAUUUGUUUUUAUUUAUUUAUUUUUACCCGCCUGAAACUGACUGGCCUUUAACCAAAAUGAACGUCUGUUUAAACAAAUCAGCCACAUGAGCAGAUUUACCAGGCGGAGCGCACAUUUUUUCCUGAAUUUAAAACCAUGGACAGCGAGGUUUUCAGUCCUCUGCUGGAGCAGUUCAUGCUCACGCCUCUGGUCUGCUGGGUGAAGACAGUGGGGCAGCCGACAGUGACUGAUGGCACCAAAUUAUCGGAAUAUAUUAAAUUAGUGGAUGGGAUUUACUUGAAUGAGAUCAUGCUGGAGAUAAACCCUAAGGCCACAGUGCAGAGAACUAACAAGAAAGUGAACAAUGAUCCCACACUACGAAUCCAGAACCUCUCCAUUCUCAUCAGGCAGAUAAAAGCCUACUAUCAGGACAAUCUGCAGCAGCUGGUAAUGAUGCCAUUACCAAAUGUGCUGGUUCUGGGCCGAAACCCUUUAUCUGAGCAAGCUUUGGAAGAGAUGAAGAAAUUGCUGCUGCUGCUGUUGGGCUGUGCAGUCCAGUGCGAGAAGAAGGAAGAUUACAUUGAGCGUAUCCAGACUCUGGAUUUUGACACCAAAGCUGCCAUAGCAUCCCACAUCCAAGAGGUGACUCAUAAUCAGGAAAACGUAAUGGACCUGCAGUGGUUGGAAAGUGGAGAAAUGCCUCCGGAUGACCUAGACAGCCUCUCUAGAAACCUGGCGUUCCACCUCAGACGCCUGGUGGAUGAACGGGACACUCAGCUGGAGACUAUAGUGGAGCUGACCCAGGAGAGGGACUGCGUGCAGCUGUCUCCAAUGGCUCCAUGUCCCACUCAAUCUCCUAGUGACUCCCCCAGCAUGAGGAGGACUGAAAGCAGACAACACCUCUCUGUGGAGCUGGCUGAUGCCAAGGCCAAGAUCAGACGCCUGAGACAGGAAUUAGAGGAAAAGAGUGAGCAGCUUUUGGACACCAGACAGGAGUUGGAGAAUAUGGAAGUUGAGGUCAAGAGGCUUCAGCAAGAGAGCUAUCAGCUGUUGUCCGAUGCUCGCUCAGCUCGGGCUUACCGCGACGAGUUGGACGUUAUCAGAGAGAAAGCGAUCCGCGUGGACAAACUGGAGAGCGAGCUGAGCCGAUACAAAGAGCGACUACAUGACAUCGAAUUCUACAAAGCCAGAGUUGAGGAGCUGAAGGAGGACAACCAGAUCCUGUUGGAGACUAAGACCAUGCUAGAGGAGCAGCUGGAUGGUAGCAGGACUCGUUCUGAUAAACUUCACCUCCUGGAGAAGGAGAAUUUACAGUUGAAAUCCAAGAUUCAUGACCUGGAGAUGGAACGAGACUUGGAUCGUAAGCGUAUGGAGGAGCUUUUGGAAGAAAACCUGGUUCUGGAGAUGGCCCAGAAACAGAGCAUGGAUGAAUCCCUGCACCUGGGCUGGGAGUUGGAGCAACUAUCAAAGACUCCAGAACUGACUGAGGCCCCUCAAAAAUCCCUGGGUGAGGAGGUAAAUGAGCUCACUUCCAGUCGCUUAUUGAAGCUAGAGAAAGACAACCAGACCCUCCUGAAGACCGUGGAGGAGCUCAGGCAAACUGCCAGUCAGGACGCUGCAGCAAAACUGAUCAAAGUCACCCAGGAAAACCAGAGACUCAACCAGACACUCGAGCAAGUGGAGGCUGAACUUGCUGCAGACAGAGAGUCACUCCGCAGUUCAGAGUCCCUCAGUACUGACCUUAUGAAGGAGAAAGCUUUACUGGAGAAGACUCUGGAAACGCUCAGAGAAAACUCUGAAAGACAGCUGAAGGGUCUGGAGCAGGAGAACAACCACCUGAACCAGACGGUGUUGUCUCUGCGCCAGCGCUGCCAAGUGGGCACCGAGGCACGUGUCAAGGAUGUGGAGAAGGAGAAUCGUGUUCUUCAUGAGUCCAUCUGUGAGACAAGCGCCAAACUCAAUAAGAUGGAGUUUGAGAGAAAGCAGCUACGCAAAGAGCUUGAAGUGUUGAAGGAAAAAGGUGAGCGAGCGGACGAGUUGGGGAUUCAGGUGCAAAAGCUGGAAAGGAACAAUGAGAGCUUGCAGAAGAAAGUCGCCAGUCUCGGAAUCACGUGUGAGAAGGUCGCUUCUUUGGAGAAGGAGAACACAGAACUGGAGGCAGAGGGCCGUCGUCUAAAGAAGACAUUGGACAAUCUGAAGAACAUGGCUUUCCAGCUGGAGGCUCUAGAAAAGGAGAACUCCCAGCUGGAGCAGGAGAACCUGGCGCUGCGGCGCUCAGCUGAGGGCCUCCGGUCAGCGGGGUCCAAGGCCACUCAGCUGGAAGCUGAAAUCAAGGAACUGGAGAGCGAGCGGAAUCAACUGAAACGCAGCUUGGAGCUGCUCAAGGCAUCCUCCAAGAAGACUGAGAGAUUAGAAGUAAGCUACCAGGGCCUUGAUACAGAGAACCAGCGCUUGCAGAAGGCUUUAGAGAACAGCAGCAAAAAGAUUCAACAGUUGGAGGCUGAGCUGCAGGAGGUGGAGGCUGAGAACCAGACGUUCCAACACAACCUGGAGGAGCUCAAGAUCUCAAGUAAACGCUUGGAGCAGCUUGAGCAGGAGAAUAAGACUCUGGAGCAGGAAAGCUCUCAGCUAGAGAAAGACAAGAAGCUUUUGGAAAAAGAGAACAAGCGUUUGAGGCACCAGGCCGAGAUCCGCGACUCCAAGCUGGACGACUGCAACCAGCGGAUCUCCAUGUUGGAGAAAGAGAAUCGUACCAUGGGCAAGGAGAUGAUCUUCUUCAGGGAUUCCUGCACCAGAGUCAAAGACCUGGAGCGAGAGAACAAGGAGCUGGUGAAACAGGCAACUAUUGAUAAAAAGACAUUUGUCACACUCAGAGAGGAGUUGGUGAGUGAGAAGCUGCGAACUCAGCAGAUGAAUAACGAUCUGGAUAAACUGACCCAUGAGUUGGAUAAGAUCGGGCUGAACAAAGAAAGGCUCCUGCAUGAUGAGAACUCCGAUGACAGGUUUAAACUGCUGGAAACCAAACUGGAAUCAACUUUGAAGUCAUCUUUAGAAAUUAAAGAGGAGAAAAUCGCUGCCCUGGAGGCCAGGCUGCAGGAGUCCUCCAACCUCAACCAGCAGCUUCGCCAGGAGCUGAAGACAGUGAAGAAAAACUACGAGGCACUGCGUCAGCGGGAAGAAGAGGAAAGGAUGGUUCAGAGUUCAGCCCCUAGAGGAGGAGAGGAGUCACAGAUUGUCAGUAAGUGGGAGAAGGAGAGCCACGAAGCCACCAGGGAACUGCUGAAAGUCAAAGACAGACUCAUUGAGGUGGAGAGGAACAAUGCUACAUUGCAAGCUGAGAAGGUGGCGCUGAGGAGCCAGCUCAAACAACUGGAAAGUCAAAGCUCCAACCUGCAGGCUCAGAUAGUGGCUCUACAGAGACAGACUGCGUCUUUACAGGAGAACAAUACGACUCUGCAGACGCAGAACGCCAAGCUGCAGGUGGAGAACUCCACGCUGGGUUCACAGAGUGCGGCCCUUACUGCCCAGAAUGUCCAGCUGCAGAGCCAGCACAGCAGCGUAGAAGGCGAGCGGGAGGGGGCACUGAAGGAGAAGGAGGAGCUGAGGGCCACGUACGAGAUGCUCGUCCGCGAUCACGAGAAGCUGGCGACUCUCCACGAGAGGCAGGCUGCUGAGUACGAAGCCCUGAUUGGGAAGCACGGCAACCUGAAGAGCAGCCACAAGAGCCUGGAGCAGCAGCACAGAGACCUGGAGGACAAAUACAAGCAGCUCCUACAGAGGAAGGGAGAGCUGGAGGAGCUGGAGAAAACACUGAAAGAGCAGCAAGAAAAAAUGGCUGCAGAAACCCAAAGCCAUCGAGCCACAGUUGACCAAUGCAAGCUGCUCAAAGAGGAAAAUGACAGACUGAACACUACGUAUCAACAGCUGGUGAAGGACAAUGAAAGUCUCCAGCUGGACCACAAGAACGUGAAGACCCAGCUGAACAAUGCCAAGCUGGAACAGACCAAGCUGGAGGCAGAGUUCUCCAAACUGAAGGAGCAGUACCAGCAAUUGGACAUCACCUCCACCAAGCUGACCAACCAGUGUGAGCUGUUGAGCCAGUUGAAAGGAAACCUGGAGGAGGAGAAUCGUCACCUGCUGGACCAGAUCCAGACUCUGAUGCUGCAGAAUCGCACGCUGCUGGAGCAGAACAUGGAGAGCAAAGACCUGUUCCACGUAGAACAGAGACAGUACAUAGACAAGCUGAAUGAGCUCAGGAGGCAGAAAGAGAAGCUGGAGGAGAAAAUCAUGGAUCAGUACAAGUUCUAUGACCCGUCGCCUCCGCGCAGACGUGGUAACUGGAUCACUCUGAAGAUGAGGAAGCUGAUCAAGCCCAAGAGCCGGGAGCGGAUGCGCUCUCUCACAUUGACGCCGUCUCGCUCAGAACUCUGUGACGGGUUCCUGGCCUUGGACAGCCACGACAGUUCAUCCAUAGGCUCAGGGUCCAACUCGCUGGACGACCCGCUCACGCACAAGAGGAGCACCACUUUAAAAAAAUUGCCUUUCAUGAGGAACCGAUCCAAGGACAAAGACAAGGCCAAGGCCAUCUACCGGCGCUCCAUGUCCAUGAAUGAUCUGCUGCAGAGCAUGGCGGUGGCAGGGGGUCCUGGCGCUCAGUGGGCAGGCAGCAGCGAAAACCUGAACCCCACUGAAGGUGGGGAUGCUGGCAUGACAGGCGCCAGCCGGCGCAGUGGGCAGCGCAUGAAGGAGCUCGCCUUUUCCACAAAUGCCAUCAACUGUGCCACCCUCACCCUGCCCACUGCAGGUCAUAGCCGAGCCAAGCACCGGCUUCAGGUCAAAGCAAACGCCUCCUAUGAAGAUGUUGAUGGCUUGUCAGAUGAACCCAAGAGUCAAGGUAUGUGUGUCUUCUCAGGAGCUUGGGCUGUGUGUCAUUCUCCCGUUGAGCUGAGCACUAAGUGCAGAGUCCCCUGUAGCAUUUGUACCUCCAGACCCUCCAGUCUCCAUAGCAACAGGACCACCAGUAGUAAUAGUAACAAUAACUCCCAUCUCACUUCACCCCUGGAGGGCAAAGGCACAUUGAACGGCAGCCUCAGCCGACCCCACAGUGAGAGCAGUGGCGAGUUCAGCCUGAGUCUGGACCAGGAGGUUUGGUCCAGCAGCGGCAGCAGCCCAGUCCAGCAUCCUUCAUCCUCACACUCCUCCCAUCAGAGCCCCCUGCAGCUGCACAGGUCCCUGGACCCGUGCACUGCUGCAGGCAGCCCGAGCCUGACCCAGACCAGGAAGACAGGGCCUCCGGGCAACAACGUUCUUUCCCUCCAGCAGUUCCUGGAUGAGGGUAUCGACCCUGCAGAGUCUAGCAGCCAGGAGAACCUGACCGCCAACUCUCCAUGGCUCCCCGCCUCCUCUGAGCACACGCAGAAGGAUCGCGCUCCUACAAAGGGGCGGGGCAUAUUACGCUCAGCCAGUGGCAAGGCAGCACCAGUCAGCUCAGAUCGGCCUCCGAGGUCCGUCGGACAGCCGGGCCGCCCCAGCCUGCGCAAAGCAGAGAGCACUCGUGUGAGAGGCUCCGCCCCCGCCCGUUCCAGCUUGUCCUCACAAGGCAAAGCCGCAUCCGUGUCGGAGCGACUGGAUUGUGCUUCCUCUACGCUGCCCCGCGCCAGCAGCGUCAUCUCCACUGCUGAGGGCACCACGCGGCGCACCAGCAUCCACGACAUGCUGUCGAAGGACAGCCGGCCGCCCGUGUCCGUCGACGCUUUGCCUCCUGCCUCGUCCGCCAAGGCUGGUGCGUGCACCCAGCCCACACCCAGUGAGUACCACCCCAACAGCACCAACUUAAAGGGACCCCUCCCCACCUCCUUGCCCAAGUCCCUCAGCUUACCUUGUCAUAGCACCGAAGACCCCGACCUUUCCACCCUUGAGUCUUUCCUCGGCCCUUCCUUCACUGUAGAGUCUGUAUUCAUGGACCCCAUCUUUAGUGAGUCAGCGAGCAAGAACCUCCCCUUCCUGUCUCUUAACCCCACCCUAGUCAGCAACAUCAGCGGGCCUCCUGCUGCUAAUACAGUGUACCCUGCUCCCACCCUCAUCCAGCCCCCUCACACCCAAUCAAACGGCCGGAUGAGAUCCACUCCUCUGAAAUCGGAGCCCGAUGAGAGUAAUGAACCCAAACAAACUGAAAAUUCAGAACAGUCGCUCAGCCCAGACGAUAAUCAGUCGCUGUGGUACGAGUACGGGUGUGUUUGAGUGACGCGGGGGUUUGUCACCUCAGACGCAGCUUUUAAUAAUGAUGGACAGGUGUCAUCCUCUGCAUGUGUCUAACGAGCGCUCUGUGUGGUGGAUUUACGUCAUUGUUCUGUUGGCCAUGGUGCUUUUUUUUUUUUGCUUCUGUUUUUGUGGUGGGACUUCAGCCGUCCAACAUUUUGCUGUUUGUUUACUAAAUCUGGUUUUAUGCUGCGCUGUAUCUGCAGUUAAUAUCAACUAUUCAUUUCACAGCUUCAGUGAUAAAUCGGCAGCAAUGACUAAUAUUAAGGGUUAAUCAAGACUUGAUUUUUGGGGUCACAGUUCUGCAAAAACCAGCAAAUUAUCUCUGAAGAGAGGGCUGUUGGACAGAUAAGAAAAAUGCGUGACCUGUCAAAUGAAUGAGUUGACUGAUUUUCUGAUGUGGCAGCUUCGCCAAAUUACAAGGAAAAAACUAAUUUGUGCUUCUGCUGAAAAAUCCCAACUAACUAAAGAAUUCAGUGUGUCAGAUUUUAAUGAUAAUGUGUACUUUAUCGCUAAACUGCACGGCUGUUCUCAACUGAACCAUUUUAAUUAUUGCAAUCAAAAUGGUCUGAAGGUUUUGGUUUUCUGUUGACAUGCUUUUUUGUUUUUGUUUUGCAACCAUAUGACUCGGGUUUCUGUGGAUGUUUGUGUUUUCUGGGUGGUGGCAAAAUGAUGAAGCUUCUUUCCCACAUUUUAUUGACAAUUACAGUGUGGUUGGUAAACGUUGGCAUUUAUGGCAUCAAGACUAUAACAAAGAUCCCUUUAAAUUAUGGUAACGAACUGGAUACAAAUUCAGGAGUUGAUUAUAAUUUUUUUUAUGACUCUAAAAUGAAUGCAUAUAUCUUAACGAACUGGAGGGCUUGCAGGUUAUAUGACUCAAACAGUGGUCGGCACAGUUCAGCUAACCGGCUAACUGCUAAUUCGUGAAGCUAACGUCUUUGUUCGUGGAUUAAUAUCUUUAAAAAAUCAUUUAACAGACUAAUUAGCUUUUGCCACAUUUGGUUCUAGUAACUUUGAGUUAGCAAACUUGAAACAAAAAAAUGUAAUGUUUGGAAGUGCUAAAAUCAUACAUAUUUGUCUCUUUUGUAGCUAAAACACUAA